AUGGAGCAGACAUUUUUGGAGACACAAACCAAAGAUUUCCAACAUCAUUAUGUCAUAAUUCAUUUACUUUCCAAACGAUCUCUUCCUUCACCUCGUCUUAACUGGCAUAUAAUCCUAAAAAUAUUUCUUGUCAUUCUUCAAAUUGCUUUUCUUAUUUCUCUUACACUGAUUAACUAUCGCGUACUCGCGUCACCUUUAUAUGAUAUUUCAUUUUUGUCACCCUUAUGUUCGGCUCUAUGUCUUUUUGUUGGCCUUGCACUUCAUUGGGUAGAACGCUCACUUUUUGUUCCUUCUGGUGCUCUUCUUUUUUACUGGCUUUUUGAAAUAAUUGCAACAUUUAUUAAAACAUAUCAUGUUGCGCUUAAUGUCAAAACGUUAUCUUCUCCAAUAUUUAUACUUAAUGCGUUUCUUUUCACUAAUUCUGUUUUUCUAUUUCUUUUGGAAUGGAUUAUUCCAAAAAUUUGGGCAUCAGAUCCUGCAUAUGAAUCUAUUUUUCACAAGAGUCCUCUCGAAUCCGCUGAUAUUUUUUCCCGAAUUACGUUUUCUUGGAUGGCUCCACUUAUGAAACGUGGCUACGAGGUUUUUUUGACAGCUGAAGACUUGCCCCAACUUCCAACUGAAAGUUCAACUAGAUACACAUCUUCAGUCUUUGCCAAACACUGGCAACAACAACUUUUGGCAAAUAAGUAUCCAUCGUUAGUUACUGCUCUGGUAAAAUCUUUUGGUUUUGAAUACUUUAUUGGUGGAUGCUUCAAAUUCAUACAAGAUGUACUUGCAUUUACACAACCUCAAUUGCUACGCCUUUUAAUUCAGUUUGUCAAUGAUUACUCUUUAGGUAAACCAGGAGCAAAUAUAACAAAAGGAUUGGUUAUUUCUCUCUCUAUGUUUAUUCUUUCUAUAUUACAGACAGCUGCUUUACAAGCAUAUUUUCAACGUUCUUUCAACUUUGGUUUACAAAUUAGAGGUGCUUUAACGUCCACAGUUUUUUCUAAAACCCUUGUGCUUUCUACGGAAGACCGAGCAAAAAAAUCCACCGGGGAGAUUGUAAAUCUUAUGGCCAUUGAUACCCAGCGUCUUCAGGAUGUUACUACUUAUCUUCAAUCUCUUUGGUCUGCACCCUUUCAAAUUAUUCUUUGUCUUGUGUCUCUUCAUCAUUUAGUCGGAAAUGCCAUGUGGGCUGGUGUUAUUGUUAUGGUCAUUAAUUUUAUUAUUCAAACUCCAGUUGCAAAAAAAGCUCGUUCUCUUCAACAGAAACAAAUGAAGAUUAAGGACAAGCGUGUUCGUAUUACUCAGGAGCUUUUAAACAACAUCAAAAGUCUCAAACUAUACUCUUGGGAAAUCCCUUUCACGAAUCGCUUGAAUUUUAUCCGAGAACAGCAAGAGUUAAAAAACCUCAAAUUUAUAGGAGAAUUUAUGUCAGUGGUUAAUUUUCUUUGGACAUCAACACCCUUCAUGGUUUCCUGUUCUACAUUUGCAGUGUACUCUCUCACCAGCAACGUUCCAUUGACCACAGAUAUUGUAUUUCCUUGCCUUAAUCUGUUUAAUUUGCUUACAUUUCCUCUUGCAAUCAUACCUAUGGUUUUGUCAUCUAUAAUAGAGGCUAACGUCAGUGCUAAAAGAAUUGUUGAUUAUGUCACAAUGGAUGAAAUACAGCCUGAUUGUACAAUUCACCUUGACAAAGCUACAAGCAAAAACGAGGAAGCCCUGACUAUCGAACAUGGAACUUUUUUGUGGCAACGCAGCCCGGCUAUAAAAGUUGCACUAACUGACAUUAACUUUAAAGCCUACAAAAACCAACUAAACUGUAUUGUUGGGAAAGUUGGUUCGGGAAAAUCUGCUCUAUUACAGGCGAUGUUAGGAGAUUUACAUAAGUCUGAAGGCCUUGUAACUGUCAAGGGUCAUAUUGCUUAUGUUGCACAAGGUCCAUGGAUUAUGAAUGCAACUAUAAAAGAAAACAUAUUAUUCGGCUCUAAGUUUGAUCCCGACUUUUAUCAGCGCACGAUCGAGGCUUGUGCACUAUUGGAUGACCUUGCAAUUCUUCCAGAUGGAGACAAUACAUUUGUCGGAGAAAAAGGCAUAUCUCUUUCCGGUGGACAAAAGGCUCGUUUAUCACUUGCUCGUGCUGUUUAUGCUCGUGCUGACAUCUAUUUGUUAGAUGAUGUUCUUUCUGCUGUUGACGAACAUGUUGGUGCACAUAUUAUCGAUAAUGUUUUAGGUGAUUCGGGUCUAUUAGCUACAAAGUGUCGAGUACUAUGUACCAAUUCUAUACCCGUUCUUUCACAUGCAGAUUCUAUCACAAUGGUCUCUGAUGGUCGUAUUAUUGAAACCGGAACCUACAGUGAGGUGAUGGAAAACAAAAGUAAUAUUUAUAGUUUGCUUAAAGAGUUUGGAAAAAGGAAAUCACCUUCUGCACCAUCUAUUUCCGAAAGUUCUCUUCCAGUCUCGGGGUCAACUACCCCAACAACAAUCGAAGAUUUUGAAAACGAACAACCUAUUCCAAUUAUGAAGCGUCGAUCUUCUGCAAACACACUAAGACGUGCUAGUGCAUCAAGUUUUAAACGAAUUCAUAUUGAUGAUGAAGAGCAGAACAAACGCACUAAGAUGACUAAAGAACACUCCGAACAAGGCAAGGUCAAAUGGGAAGUGUAUAAAGAAUAUGCACGUGCAUGUAACCCUGUUGCUGUUUUUUUUGUUUUUUUCUUUAUGGUACUUGCCUCAAUUUGUUCUGUCUCUUCUGGAUUUUGGCUCAAACACUGGUCUGAAGAAAAUUCCCGUACCGGCUCAAACAAGAAUUUAGGAUUUUAUCUUGGAGUUUAUUUUGCCAUCUGUAUUUCUGCAUCGCUUUCUUCUGUCACAUAUACAUUGAUCUUGAUGAUUGGGUGUAGUAUUCAAGCUGCAAAAACGUUACAUCGUCGAAUGCUAAACUCUGUUAUUCGGGCCCCAAUGCAAUGGCACUGGGCUUCUCCGAUAGGUCGCACGCUUAAUCGAUUUAAUAAUGACAUUAACCGGAUUGAUUCUAUGAUGGCUCGUGUGUUUUCUCAGUUUUUUGCAAACUCCCUUUCUGUCACGAUGACACUGGCUAUUAUCAUUUACAAUACCCCACCGUUUUUAUUACUUAUCGGGCCUUUGGGUUUCAUGUAUAUUUAUUAUCAAAGGUAUUAUCUUCGCACAUCUCGUGAGCUUAAGAGACUCGAGUCAGUCUCAAAAAGUCCUAUUUAUGCACAUUUCCAAGAAACUUUGGCUGGAUUAAGUACUAUUCGUGCCUAUGGCCAACAAGACAGAUUUUCAUUUAUAAAUGAAUCUUCUCUUGAUUUUAAUUUCAAAGCUUAUUUUCCAUCUAUUAGUGCAAAUCGCUGGUUGGCUGUUAGACUUGAAUUUUUAGGUUCAGUAAUUAUUUUGUGCGCAUCAGGUCUAUCAAUUUUAAUGAUUGGUACUGGUCAUGUUACAGCAGGAACUAUUGGUUUAGCCAUGUCAUAUGCUUUACAAAUAACACAAUCUCUUAAUUGGAUUGUUCGUAUGAAUGUUGAAGUCGAAACCAAUAUUGUGUCUGUUGAGCGUGUAUUGGAAUAUUCGAAUUUGCCUGCCGAAGCACCUCCUAUUAUUGAAAAUUGCCGUCCACCUCAUGGCUGGCCAGAAGAUGGUGCUAUUGAGUUUAACCAUUAUUCGGCCAGGUAUCGCCCUGAAUUGGAACUUAUUUUGAAAGACAUUAAUUUAAAAAUUAAACCAAAAGAAAAGAUUGGUAUUGUGGGGCGCACAGGAGCCGGUAAAUCUAGUAUAACAUUAGCAUUAUUUCGAAUUUUUGAGCCCUCUACUGGUAAUAUUGAAAUCGAUACUAUUGACAUUUCCAAAAUUGGUUUAAGUGAUUUGCGUCACGGCUUAUCAAUUAUCCCUCAAGAAGCUCAAACCUUUGAAGGUAGUUUGCGCGACAAUCUAGAUCCGAAUCACGAACAUGAUGACGUUGAACUUUGGAGAGUACUUGAAUUGGCUCACCUAAAGACUCAUGUUGAAACUAAUAUGGAAGGUGGAUUAGAAGCUAUUGUUGCUGAGGAUGGUGCAAACCUUUCUUUUGGUCAAAAACAGCUACUUGCAAUUGCUCGGGCUGCUUUAACUCGGUCAAAUGUAUUAAUUCUUGAUGAAGCUACUGCUGCUGUUGAUGUUGAGACUGAUCAGCUCAUUCAAAAAACUAUUCGCGAUGAAUUUAAAGAUAGAACUAUUCUUACGAUUGCGCACCGAUUGAAUACUAUUAUUGAUAGCGACCGGAUUGCCGUACUUAGUGAAGGUCGUGUGGUUGAGUUUGCUUCCCCACAAGCGCUUCUUAAAAACAAGGAAUCGCUAUUUUACUCUUUAGCCAAGCAAGGAGGUUUGAUUCACGAUGAUGAAGAAACAAUAACGAAUUAA